GUGGUUCACGGCCGGCUUUCCUUUAAGCGCCCUCACGUUCUGCGUCAAAAUCUAGUACGCAUUUUCGUACCGUUUCCCACUUUAUAAGCGUUUCCCCCGAAAGAGUGAAAGAGAGCCGAUGGCCUCCGCCGCCGCGACCGAGCUCAGCCAUCUCCUCCCAUCGCUCUCGCGAUCACCAAGAAUUUCUCGAUUGGCUCCGCCUCAUCCCGAGAAUUCUCCUCGGACCCUCGUCUCCUUCUCCUCGUCGAUUCGAGCGCCGACCGGAGACUUGGUCUGCACGAGAAAUGGACGGGGGCCGGUCGUGGUGGCCGCGGGCACCAAGCAUCUGAUGGGAUCGCUGACGAAAACCGAAGGCAUGCGAUUCGCAGUUGUUGUAUCCCGAUUUAAUGAGGUUGUGACAAGCUUGCUCCUUGAGGGAGCUUUAGAGACUUUCAGGCGAUAUUCAGUCACAGAAGAAAACAUUACAGUUGUCAAGGUUCCUGGUAGCUUUGAAAUUCCAGUGGUCGCACAACAGCUCGGGAGAUCAGGAGACUUUCAUGCAGUUUUGUGCAUUGGUGCUGUGAUUAGAGGAGAUACUACCCACUAUGAUGCUGUUGCAAAUUCAGCGGCAUCUGGAGUUCUUUCAGCUGGAUUAAACUCAGGAGUGCCAUGCAUAUUUGGUGUUCUGACAUGUGAUGACAUGGACCAGGCUAUAAAUCGAGCUGGUGGUAAAUCUGGAAACAAGGGUGCUGAGGCAGCUUUGACCGCAAUCGAGAUGGCUUCGUUGUUUAGGGACCAUUUGAAGUGAUAAAUCGGUAAUCAUGAGAAACCCAUCCAAACUGCACGGCAGUCGGCAUUAUCUCUUUCCAUGUACCCAGUAGAGUUGAACUGUAAUUGCAGGCUAAUGCACAGCCUGAUGUUUCUUCCCUCCAGUCAUAAUCUAUGUGAGAGAGUUUUGUAGUUUAAUUCUAUUCUGCUAGUGUUGCUUGCUUGAAAUUCUGGAAAAGCAGUGGUGACUUGAUAGCGAUGGCACCUUGCGACACGCUGAUCCUAUGAAGAAAUUUUCUUGUUCUGGUUGACUGGCAGUUGAAUAAAAUUGUUGUAUUAUCAAUGAUGCAUUUUCUUUUAAAAUUUGCCCUUCGACUGAGAAGGCCUUCUCUGCC